AUGUAUGGUUGUUACUAUAUCGAGUCUUGUCAUCUUGAUAGCUGGCUUCACCUUGCUCUUACAUUGGGGAUUGAAGAGCUCAUCCUUGCAACCAAUUCAAUGGUUCCAAAGUAUAACUUCCCAUUGUCACUUUUAUCUGGUAAGAGUGGAAACUCAAUCCGAUAUCUUCGUCUGAGCUUCUGCAUCUUUCGUCCGACAGUCAGACUUGGGUGCUUCAAAAGCUUGAAGAAGCUGCAUCUGUAUUGUGUGGGUAUUAGCGGGGACGAGUUAGGGUACCUUCUCCCAGUUUCUGUUGCUUUGGAGCAGUUGGAACUCGCAUAUUGCAAUGAGAUAAUUUGCCUGAAGAUACCCCACGUGCUGCAGAGGCUCAGCUGCCUGGAUGUGGCUGCAUGCCACAAUCUUCAAAUGAUAAAGAGUGAAGCUCCAAAUUUGUCCAGUCUGUGCUUUGAAUGGUUCCACCACCAUGUACACACCUCACUUGGAGAGGCAUUGCAUGUGAAAAAAUUACAAAUGCUAUGUUUUAGGGACUUCUACUAUGUGCAGCUCCCGACCAUCAUGCCAAAUCUUGAAGCUCUUACCAUAGAUUCAAUUUGCCAGAUAGCCAGUAUACCAAGCGUGCACAGCAAAUUCUGCUCGUUGAAGUACCUAAACAUUUGUGUUCCUGGAGAGGUACCGGAGGUUCGUGUGAAGUAUGGCUUGUUUUCUGGCGAUCCCUCCCAUCCGCGUCAGAUGCCAGAACACCGAUAUGUCAAGCUCAAACGUGCGAAGAUCAUCGGCUUCUACCCUGCGAAGAGCCUGCUGGAGCUAGCAAGCCAUGUUCUUGAGACGGCAACGUCACUUGAAUGCCUCACACUGGACACCACCUACUGUUCUUGCGGGCGUCGUCACAGCGAUCCUGCCAAGUGCUACCUCGUGGCCAUCAAAAGAUACUUCGAAGGGAAAGUUCCCUCCACGGCUAGGUUAGAUGUUGAGGGGCCUUGCAGCGGCGUGCGACCGAACGACCGUAGGUGGCAAGGUUUUACUGUGUUUGAUGGGCGUUCAUAG